UUUGUGAGAAGGUGUUAAAGUUCACAGUUAGACAGUGUUAUGUAAAUUACAGCUGAAAAGUAACAGUAGCCUGGCUUUGGCUCAGUGAGACACGGGUAGAUGGAAACAGAAAAGUGAGUCUUUUUGGUAAAACAGGGGUUAAUCCUGUAUGGCAAUACACAAGUAGCGUGUUUGUUCAGCUCCUCGUUUUUGCUUGUCUUCUCCCUGGAUUUUUCUUCUGGUGUCACAGGAAGCAGCUUUUUGGCCUUAGCGAUGGGUUUCCUGUCAGGAUUGGAGCGGCCCUGAGUUCCUACUGCGAGACAAUAGGAGGUUUCCCCUGUGGGCCGGGUGCUGUUCUCAGACCUGCUUCCCUUCAGGAAACUGCAGAUUUAUCCCAGCAGCUGAGCUGUACUGAGCUGAGCCACACUGACUCAAACAAGGAUUAGAGUGAGGCACUACCCUAUGAGUGUGUGUCUCUUCUGAAUGGGGCUUUUGUUAUGUUCAGUAGUCUGAUGGUAAAGAUGAGCCUGUAGUUGUGGUGGGGUGGGGUGGGCUGGAAGGAUGAAGGAAUAGCCUUGCCCAAUAAGACCCGAAUCUCGGUUAAUAAGUGUGGGCUGAUCUGGAGUGACUAUCGUCUAUCUAUGGAGCUAGAAGCCUUGCUUUCUCUAUUGUCAGCCGGAUUUGCUGUUGACCCUCUCCUUUGAGGGAAAAGGGAGGUGGUGGCCGGGAUGAGGUCACUUUUCCAAAACAUGGCUCCUACCAUGUAGCCAGCAGCCCUUGGCCAGAACACUUCCUGUUGAAAAGCAGCGCUGGAAAAGUAUUCUUCAGUGUUAGAAUUAUGGUGAAUGCCGGGGAAACAGUCACCUCAGUGAUAAUGGUAGAGAGUCGUUAUGUUAAACAGGAUAUCAAAUCUCUAUAGAAACCCUCAACAGCUAUUGGAAAUAUGUGCAAUUGCUUAGUUUAUAGUAGCUUGGCUUCAAUUUGUAGAGUAUUCCAGUGUGUCCGAAUCCAAUGACGGCUUUACAAAGUUAAACCCUUCUAUUAGUUUUAUAUUGACUUACAGCCAUAGGCAUUUGUUUUUGUCAUUUAUGGGAUCAUAUGACAUGAUCUACAAGAUUGCAACAACAACAUAGAACAUUGUGUAACAGGCAGUUGCGCUUGCAUGUGUCUGUGUGUGCGGUCACAUCAUGCGGGUGUAUGUGUGUGUGACAUGGCUGUGGCUGUGGCUCACUGCUGUUGAUGAAACAAAGGGGGAUACCUAGUCAGUUGUUCAACUGAAUGCCUUCAACUGAAAUGUGUCUUCCACAUUUAACCCUACCCCUCUGAAUCAGAGAGGUGCGGGGGGCUGCAUUAAUCGACAUCCACGUCCUCGGUGCCCGGGGAACAGUGGGUUAACUGCCUUGCUCAGGGGCAGAACGACAGAUUUUUACCUUUACAGCUCGGGAUUUGAUCCAGCAACCUUUCAGUUACUGGCCCAACGCUCUAACCACUAGGCAGAGGGAUGUGGCUUCUCCCGCUGAUUGUGUGUUGUAAUUUGGUGCCUGUCAUCAGGACCUGGAAAAACAUCUUGAACGGGCCUGUUUGUGCUGAGUGGGAGCUGGUGACACUAAGUAAGGAGGAGUGAGGGAAGGAGUGGGUGGCAUAGAGGCUCGGCUUCAUGUCUAUUUUACACUCCUCUAAUCUGAGGAGAGGGAGUGGGUGGGAUGGAGGCUACGUGUCUAUGUUAAACUCUUCUGAUCUGAGGAACAGGCAUCUGGGGCAAAUCUGAGACACUUGGAAUUUGGCGGUUGCUAAUACCUGACUAAGGGUUUCUUUGUGUUUAUCUAAGUGUGGUCAAUCCUGCCUCGUUACCCCUGGCUUUUUCACAAGGUUGGUUAUGAGUUUGUGGCUGUGUAGAUAACCUAAUCCUUCCAACAUGAUGAUAUGUGCAACAGUGGCAAUUGUUACUGAGUGGACUAUCCUGGCUAAAUAAAAUAAAUUAGUUGUUUGGAAGUUGAGAUGAUUUAGAGAUUGGUUAAUAUGCGCAGCACCUUGACUAAUUUGACUGGAUGUUGUGAAGAAGGCCUUGGAGUUAUACCAGACUGGGAAUUGAAAUCCUGGCCCUAGUAAAGUUAUAGGCUAUAACUAAGGCCCAGAGUUUUCCCUAGCCAGGAAAAUGUUUUUGCUAGAUGGCCUUAGAACCCUGUGUUUGAAGGAGAGGGUUUUCCCUCUGGCUGGAAGAACGAAGCGGUGACAGCAGGCAUGUCUGAAGCUAACCAGAGUCCCCCAGACACCUCUAUUUUUUUUGUGUUUUAUUUUAAUCCAAUGCCUCUCUUUGUGGAAUAUUAAUGUAGGCUACGCUGGGCUUUGCUGUCAGUGUCAUCAUUUUGUGCAUAGCUUCUCCUUGAAUUACAACGAGAGAUUACAGAAAAUCCAUGUAUUUGGAGAUGUUUUUUAAAUUUAUCCUUCUAUGUUAUCACAACUGCCAUGUCGGUCUACAUGUCCCAGCCUGGUCCAUGCCAGAAAGUUGUGAGAGGGAAGUGUGGUGGAAUGUGCCAGAGGCUAUAGGGAAACAGAAUCUGUGUAUUUGUGUGUUAGGGUGCUCUGACCCUGUGUCGAUCUCUCUUUCUUAGUCUAGUUGUCUAAGGAAAUGUGACCCACAACUCUGGACUCUGUAUAUGUGUUGGUGUGUAUGUUAGCUUUUCUAUAAGAGUUGUCAUUCUGGGUCGGUGAGAGAAAUAACAUACUACUUUAGCUACGAAGGCUUUAAAAACCCCACCCCAGACCAAUGGAAGAAAUUGCUUUUCAACAAGGGGUGAAUUCAGAAAUAUUGCUAAAUGGAUUCUCUCUACUUGUAAUUUGCCCAGCAGGCUGUCUUGUAAGCCAUGUGAGAACAUAUGUGACCGACUGGCUCAAUUCGGUCUUCUGUAGCAAAAUUUGAAAUUGUGUUUUUUACAUUGGAUAAAAGUAAAGACUCAGAGCUAGAAAGUAUAUAUUGAACACAACAGUUGAGGAACAAUGGGAAAGUAAUUCUGCUUUGAAAGUUGAUAAACUUGUAACCCCACUUUUGAGAAAAUGUUCCUUGAAUGUUUUGGUACACCUACUGGAAAGCUCUUCGUUGUCUACACUCAUUCAGCAUCGUCACACCCUCUUAAGCAUUAGCCCCACCAGUCUCUUUAUGGAUUCACUUGAGGCCAUGUGCUAAACAACCAAAGAUUUCAAUACUGGUUUAUACUACGUCUAUUGACAUGUCUGUAGACAGUUGUCGCAGUGACAUCAUGAACAUUCUAUUGUUGUUCGACAUCAAACUUGUCGUUGUUCUUAUGAAAAAGUAUAAACACAAAAAUGACAGGCUGCAUGACAUCAGCAGCCUGGUGGUCCAAAAUAGCAUAACUGGUUUAUUUUAACACCAAUAAACCCAUCUGUUUAAAAAUGAAUUUAGUAUAUGUCAAUCUAGCAAACCAGGCAACUAAAAGCAACUUUCUCAACAAUGUUUUGGUUCGUUUCUAGCUUGUUAACUGGCUAGCUAAAGUUAAGUUAAGUUAGCUGGCUAGCCAGUUCAAAUAAUUACCAUAUCAUAUAGCUGACAAUGUCUCAACUUUAGCUAAUUUGUAUUCAUUAUUACAGGAAAAUAAACUCACAACAAGAUCAUUAUUUGCUAGUUAAUGGCGAGCUAAUUUCAGAAAAUAGCUUAUGGUUGUGAGUGUGACGAAAUAAAAGUCGGGCAUUCUACCGGAGAAUUUUAGAACUUGGUCUCGUUGGCCUAACGUUUAUAACCUAAUUUUGACUUUGGUGCAGGUCAUGUUGAUCUUCACAUUACUGUCUCUGGUAAAUGCACACUAUAUCAAAUAAAAGACAGGUUUAUUUGUCACAUGCACAGGAUAUAGAAGGUGUUAGCUACCAGGCUAUAACUAUAUAUAUAUAUUUUUUUACAUUUUAAUUUAAGCAGGUAGGCCAGUUGAGAACAAGUUCUCAUUUACAACUGUGAACUGGCCAAUAUAAAGCAAAGCAGUGGGCCAAAAACAACAACACAGAGUUACACAUGGGAUAAACAAAUGUACAGUCAAUAAUACAAUAGAAAAAUCUGUAUAUAGUGUGUGCAAAUGAAGUAAGGAGGUAAGGCAAUAAAUAGGCCAUAGUGGUGAAGUAAUUACAAUUGAGUAAUUAACACUGUGGUGAGAGAUGUGCAGAUGAAGAUGUGCAAGUAGAAGUACUGGUGUGCAAAAGAGCAGAAAAAACAAAGACAAAUAUGGGAUGAGGUAGGUAGUUGGUUGGAUGGAUGGGCUAUUUACAGAUGGGCUGUGUACAGUUGCAGCGAUCGGUAAGCUGCUCUGACAGCUGAUGCUUAAAGAUAGUGAGGGAGAUAUCAGUCUCCAACUUCAGGGAUUUUUAAAAUUUGUUCCAGUCAUUGGCAGCAGAACUGGAAGGAAAGGUGGCCAAAGUAGGUGUUGGCUUUGGGGAUGACCAGUGAAAUAUACCUGCUGGAGCGUGUGCUACGGGUGGGUGUUGCGAUGGUGACCAGUGAGUUGAGAUAAGAUGGAGCUUUACCUAGCAAAGACAUAUAGAUGACCUGGAGGCAGUGGGUUUGGCGACAAAUAUGUACAGCCAUAGCCCAAAUUUUUGAGAAUGACACAAAUAUUAAUUUCCACAAAGUUUGCUGCUUCAGUGUAAUUAGAUAUUUUUGUCAGAUGUUACUAUGGAAUACUGAAGUAUAAUUACAAGCAUUUCAUAAGUGUCAAAGGCUUUUAUUGACAAUUGCAUGAAGUUGAUUCAAAGAGUCAAUAUUUGCAGUGUUGACCCUUCAUUUUCAAGGCCUCUGCAAUCUGCCCUGGCAUGCUGCCAAUUAACUUCUGGGUCCCAUCCUGACUGAUGGCAGCCCAUUCGUGCAUAAGCAAUGCUUGGAGUGGUGCUCCAUCAUACUGGAAAAGGCAUUGUUCGUCACCAAAUUGUUCCUGGAUGGUUGGGAGAAGUUGCUCUCGGAGGAUGUGUUGGUACCAUUUUUUAUUAAUGGCUGUGUUCUUAGGCAAAAUUGUGAGUGAGCCCACUCCCUUGGCUGAGAAGCAACCCCACACUUGAAUGGUCUCAGGAUGCUUUACUGUUGGCAUGACCUUGUCUUCUCUGGACAAGCUUUUUUCCGGAUGCCCCAAACAAUCGGAAUGGGGAAUCAUCAGAGAAAAUGACUUUACCCCAGUCCUCAGCAAUCCAAUCCCUGUACCGUUUGCAGAAUAUCAGUCUGUCCCUGAUGUUUUUCCUGGAGAGAAGUGGCUUCUUUGCUGCCCUUCUUGACACCAGACCAUUCUCCAAAAGUCUUCGCCUCACUGUGCGUGCAGAUGCACUCACACCUGCCUGCUGCCAUUCUUGAGCAAGCUCUGUACUGGUGGUGCCCCGAUCCCACAGCUGAAUCAACUUCAGGAGACGGUCCUUGUGCUUACUGGGCUUUCUUGGGCUCCCUGAAGCCUUCUUCACAACAAUUGAACCGCUCUCCUUGAAGUUCUUGAUAAUCCAAUAAAUGGUUGAUUUAGGUGCAAUAUUACUGGCAGCAAUAUCCUUGCCUGUGAAGCCCUUUAUUUGCAAAGCAAUGAUGAGGGCACAUGUUUCCUUACAGGUAACUAUGGUUGACAGAGGAAGAACAAUGAUUCCAAGCACCAUCCUCCUUUUGAAGCUUCCAGUCUGUUAUUCAAACUCAAUCAGCAUGACAGAAUUGUCCUUGUCAACACUCACACCUGUGUUAACGAGAGAAUCACUGACAUGAUGUCAGCUGGUCCUUUUGUGGCAGGGCUGAAAUGCAGUGGAAAUGUUUUUUUUGCGAUUCAGUUAAUUUACAUGGCAAAGCGGGACUUUGCACAUUACAGCCCUAUUCUUAAAUUGAUUAAAUAAAACAUUUUCAUCAUCAAUGUACAUACAAAAACCCAUAAUGACAAAGCAAAAACUGUUUUUUAGAAAUGGUUGCAAAUAAUUAAAAAACAAAACAGAAAUACCUUAUUUACAUAAGUAUUGAGACACUUUGCUAUGAGACUUGAAAUUGAGCUCAGGUGCAUACUUUUUCCAUUGAUUAUCCUAAAGACUCUCAGACCAUGAGAAACAAGAUUCUGUGGUAUGGUGAAAUUAAGAUUGAGAUCUUUGGCCUGAAUGCCAAGCGUCACGUCUGGAGGAAACCUGGCACCAUCCCUAAGGUGAAGCAUGGUGGUGGCAGCGUCAUGCUGUGGGGAUGUUUUUCAGCGGCAUUGACUGGGAGACUAGUCAGGAUUGAGGGAAAGAUAAACGGAGCAAAGUAUAGAGAGAUCCUUGAUGAAAACCUGCUCCGAUCCUAAGCACACAGCCAAGACAAUGCACGAGUGGCUUCGGGACAAGUCUCUGAAUGUCCUUGAGUGGCCCAGCCAGAGCCUGGACUUGAACCCGAUCAAACAUCUCUGGAGAGACCUGAAAAUAGCUGUGCAGCGACGCUCCCUAUCCAACCUGUACAGAACUUGAGAGGAUCUGCAGAGAAGAAUGGGAGAAACUCUCCAAAAGAGCUUGAAUGCCAAGCGUCACAUCUGGAGCAAACCUGGCACCAUCCAUAAGGUGAAGCAUGGUGGUGGCAGCAUCAUGCUGUGGGGAUGUUUUUCAGCGGCAGUGACAGGGAGACUAGUCAGGAUUGAGGGAAAGACGAACGGAGCAAAGUACAGAGAGAUCCUUGAUGAAAACCUGCUCCGACCCUAAGCACACAGCCAAAACAACGCACGUGUGGCUUUGGGUCAAGUCUCUGAAUGUCCUUGAGUUGCCCAGCCAGAGCCUGGACUUGAACCCGAUCGAACAACUCUGGAGAGAUCUGAAAAUUGCUGUGCAGCGAUGCUCCCCAUCCAACCUGUACAGAACUUGAGAGGAUCUGCAGAGAAGAAUGGGAGAAACUCCCCAAAUACAGGUUGUGAGUAGAUUCUCUGGGGGCUUCUGCUGAAAGGUGUCAGUCCACAACCAUGACUCAGUCUGUGCAGGUCAACCCAAAGCUGCCUGAUCUGGGCGCACCGUUUCUAUACUCCAGUCGGGAAGAGGCGGAUCAACAGGGCUCUUAUUCGGUCCAGACACCGUAUGGCUUCCAGCUGGACCUGGACUUCCUCAAGUAUGUGGAGGAAAUAGAAAGCGGCCACCACGUCCGACGGGCACCCGUAAACUCCCGCAGGUCAUCCCGGGGGGUCAAAGUCUCCCAGCGGAGCCCGAGUGUGGGGGGACGCGCCAGCGGCUGGACCUCCACAGAGUCCCUCUCCUCGCCCGCCAGUGAAGAUGGUCGAGUGCCCCCUCCCCCACCCCCACGGAAUCGCAUUGGCUCUGCUCCCAGUGAGGGGCAACCCCUGUCCUCGCUAUCUGUCCUCAGCCCUCCUCUCUCUGCCGGCGCCAAAGUGCCACCACCACCUCCACUACGUAACUCCAGAGUAGAGAGGACCCUCCUGGAGACCAGCCUGAGACUGCAGCAGGAGCAGAGCCAUCAGCACCAAAAUGGCACCCGUUUCCAGCUCUCAGACCCACCAAAGCAAAACUCUAGGACUGCCCCUAUCCAUGUCACCCCAGCUAGUGCAGCAGCCAGCGUGGAUGGACAGCUCUUGCACCUGUCCUCUGCCUCUCCCAGCCCAUCUCAGAGUAGCCUGCACAGACCCAGUCCCCACACCUCCGGUAAGAGCACCCCGGCCUCUAGCACCGGAAUGGCUACUCUGCCCCCCAGCCAAUUGCAGACGGUGAGAGAACAGAUGGCCACUGCCCUGAAGCAACUGAAGGAGAUGGAGGAGCGAGUAAAGGGUGUCCCAGUGCUGGAAAGAGAGGUGGCCAAGCUACAGGCUGAGAAAGACAUGCUCCUACUGGCACUGCAGGAGAAGAAGACCUUGGUGGCCCAACAACAGGCUACAACAGUAGUCAGCAGUACUAAUACCACCACGUUGGACUCAGGCACACAGAGUCAGGAACGUCCUAUUUUAUCCCCGAAGAGUCCCAGAUGUCCAAAGAGUCCCAGUAAAUUAGAGGACCUCAGAAAGCUGACAGAGAAGUUCGAAGGCAAGACAGAAAAAGAUGGAGCACGUUCUGAGAAAGUUCUGGAAAAGGUUGUGGAGAAGAAGUCUGUGGCCAUCGGGGACGACAUGUUGCUGGAUGCUGGGGUCUUCUACUACAGCCUGGGCACCAAGGACGCCUCAGAGGGCACGCUGCAGAUGGACGUCUGCGAGAAAGGAAUGGCCACGGAGGCGCCGGCCAUCCGCGAGGAGGGGGUGCAGGCUGUAGUGGAGACAGAGGAGGCCUCAGUUUGGGUGAUGGAAUCCCAGCUGGGCCUAAGCAGCGAUGCCCAGAGGGAGAUCGACACCCUACAGGACAACAUCAAGUUCCAGCAGGAGUCCAUCUCGGUUCUGGAGGGGCGACUUGGCCAGGCUGACGAGGUCCUGGCGGUGCUCAAAGCCCAGGAGAAUGAAAGGAAGUCCAAGGCAAUGUCCGAAAAGGGCGUCCUUGUUAAACCAGACUCUGCCCAUGCCCAAGUGGGGACUGAAGCCUCUACAAUGUCCGCACCAGCUUCACAGAAUGUCGCAGUCUCCUGUUGUCCUGAGGUGGUUGACGCAUGUGUAGGUGAGGAUUUGAGAGCCAGAUAUUACGACCAGAGCACUCAGACUGACUCUGUGGAGAUCCCUGCAGAAGCGGAAUCAACCCCAGUAGUACUGGUCAGCACUGGAAGUCAAUGGGAGAAUCUGUACAAGGAGGAGGACAUAGAGCAGAAAGCUCCAGUCACUGCGCUGAAGAGGAGACAGACGACCAUCGCGGAGUACAAGGUCAACCCUGGCAAGGAGACGGUCAGUUUACCCAAAGGAAAGGGAGUAAAAGAGGAGGAAAUGGCGCCCAGCACUCCAACAACUGCAACAACGGUUGGAAGUCUGUUGAAAUCAAUCAUGAAGAAGAAGGAUGGGAGUAGUUCCAGUGAAUCACGCAGCAGCGGCAAGAAAAGCUUGCAGUUUGUUGGCAUUCUCAAUGGGGGGUAUGAGUCGACAUCUAGUGAAGAGGAGGAGGAUGAUGAUGAGGAAGAGGGGAGUUCCUCAGGUGGCAGUGAAGUAGGUGAUUGCUCAGACGGUAGUGAUGAUGAAGAUGCAGCGGCCGCUCUGGAGGAGACCUCCGAUGAGGAGAGGAGCAUGAAUAUGGAUGACACCGAUAGUGAUGAUGUGGCCUUAGCAGCAGGGACUGGAGCCACUGAGGAGAUUCCAGAUAAAGUGAAAGAGAAGUUUGAGCUGAGUGCAAAAAUGCGUGAAGCUUGUCUCAUUUUGAAGAACCAUCUGAAUGAUGAUGUCAAAACACUGAAGAGUAAAGAAGUGAUCUCCAGCACUCACACUGUGCAGCUGGAAUGGUUCCGCAUCUCCAGUGCCAAGCUGGCCCAGCAGCCCCGUGUCUCAGACUACCUGAUGGCCUUCACAGAAGUCUCCUCUUCCUUGCUGGCCCACGUCGUCAACAUUACCGAUGGCAAUGGCAACACAGCCUUGCACUACAGCGUCUCCCACUCCAACUUCACUGUGGUGGGGCUACUGCUGGACACAGGCAUGUGUUGUGUAGAUAAGCAGAACAAGGCAGGCUACACUGCGAUCAUGCUGGCGGCCCUCUCAGCUGUGAAAGAGGAGGAUGACAUGGUGGUGGUCAGGAAGCUCUUCAGUCAGGGCAACGUCAACGCCAAGGCCAGCCAGGCUGGCCAGACGGGGCUGAUGCUAGCUGUUAGCCAUGGACGACAGGAGAUGGUGCGGGCAUUGCUGGACUGCGGGGCUGACGUGAACGUGCAGGAUGACGAGGGCUCCACGGCGCUCAUGUGCGCCAGUGAGCACGGCCGUGCCGAGAUUGUCUCGCUGCUCCUGGACCAGCCGGGCUGUGACAUCUCCAUUGUGGACAAUGACGGCAGUAAUGCUCUGUCCAUCGCCCUGGAGGCCUCUCACAAUGACACAGCUGUGCUGCUUUACGCCCACAUGAACUACGCCAAAGCCCAGACAGCUGGGACAACCAAGACUCGAAGCCCCACUAGUCCUCAAAAGACAUGGCCUGCUGCGGAGUAACGGGCCACCAAUAUGGAAAAACAAACAUAACUGGACUUGAGCAUUGAAAAUACGCCACUGCAAUACUACCGCUGUCUACGUAAAUAUAUGUAUUUAUAUAAUGGCAUACGUCAUUCAUUUAUUUGUAUUGUUAAUAUAAUAUUAUUUUUUCAAUAAAUGCCUUAAACCGUUAUUAUAUAAGCCAAUUAUCUGCAUUUGCAACAUUUCUGACUAGGUCAAGGUCUGCAGCAUAUUUUUCUAUGAUACAGUAAAGCAGACCUCACAUAUAUUUGCACUCAUUGAUUGUGUUUAGUUUGAGUUCCCCUCCCCCUUUUAAAGGCGCACUCCAGCUAUUAAAAAAAAAAACUUUUCCUGUUGAAAAACAAUAUCCCACGUAUAAAUACAGUAAUGUACACACACUUAAGUGUACAAAAAAAAUGUUUUGAGCAAAUUAGUGUUUUUUAGACACAAGUGCAAACUUCAUGGAGUAGGCCAUUCGACAGGUUGGUCUGAUGGUGCCCUCUGAUGUCGGCCUCCCCCCCUGCUUGUAGUAACAAUAGAGAACACCUGGACCACCUAUUUAUAUGUUUCUUUUGUUAAGUAAAUCAGAUGAUAAAUUAACUGAAUAUGAGACGAGUAGUAGUCUUCUCAAUCUUCAUGCCAAAAUAGUUCCAAGUUUGCACUAACUGUCUAUGCCUUGUAUAUCCAUGUAUCUAUUUUCAUGUAAAAAAAUAAACAUAUAUUUACAUAA